UCAGAAAAGUAAUGUUCUCGAUCCAUCAUUAGGACAAAAUGAAUGCGGGGUUUGCGGUGUCACGGAGAGUUUGUGGAUAUGCCUUAUAUGUGGCAAUAUUGGUUGUGGUCGAUAUCAAGAAGCACAUGCAUAUUGCCAUUAUAAAGAAACUUCACAUUUAUACGCUUUAGAAUUAGAGACUCAAAGAGUUUGGGAUUAUGCUGAGCUACCUAGCCCCGAUGGUCCGCCUCAAAUGCAACAAGCACGUGCGGAAGUUGACCAAGAUAAACUUGAUGCAAUUGGAAUUGAGUACAGUUACCUAUUAUCAACCCAGCUUUCUUCUCAACGAGUUUACUAUGAAGAAAAACUUGAGUCGGUCACACUUCAAUUAUCAAAACUAACAAGUCAAGUUCAAAAGUUGGAGGAUGAAAUUUCAACUUUGAAUCAAGAUAAAGAUAAAUAUAAAAAAGAAAAUUAUUUACUUGAAAAAGAAAAGAUACCAUCUUUGAUAAAAGAGAAGAAAGUUAUUGAGAAGAAAAUGGAAAAAUUUACUGAAAAAUCAAACAAACUUGAAAAAGAAUUGAAUGGUGAGAGAGAGUUGGAAAACAAAGACGUAAAAAUUAAAGAUCUCGAAGAACAAGUGCGAGAUUUGAUGUUUUUCUUUUCGUCACAAGAAAAAUUAAAAGACAACCCUGAGUUAGCGGGUGGAAAUAUUGUUGUGUCAGAGAAUAGUGGUAACAGCGGUGGGAAUGCGAGAAAGAAAAAAGGAAAAAGGUGA